AUGAGGACAUUGCGAUUCAAGAGGAGGAGGAGUCAGUCGACAUUGAAGCUGAAGAGAGAGUUGAGAAAGAAUCAGUGGAACCAGAGCCUGAAGCAGAGAGAGAGCGCAGCAGAGCCAUCAAAAACAACAAGAAGAGGAAGGGAAACUCUUUUUGUUCCUCCACCUUUCAAACCAAUGCUGCCUUUUCCAACAAGGUUCAAGAAGCAAAUGGCAGAAAAUGCAAAAGUCUUUGAUCAGCAAAUGUCUGAGAUCAAUCUGAAGAUCCCUUUUAUAGACGCUCUCAUGAUGAUCAAGCCUUAUCAGAAAUUUUUGAAAGAUGCCAUUUUGGAGAGAACCAAAGAAGUUUAA